CUGGAAUAUAACGGACGUAAGAAUGACUAAUUAUAGAAGAUGACUAAGAGCUCUUGACUCAGACCCAAUUCAAGCUGUUUAUCGCGAGUGUAUACAAGUGUCUUUCCUUAUGAACUGUUUCAAUUGUUGUAGGAGUCAUACGCGGGAUGCAGGUCAGUUAGUACCAGAGAGAAAUGAGGCUUUUUCGAACCGAAGCAGUGGUAGAAUACGAUUACAAAGCUAAGGAACCUGAUGAGCUCAAUAUUAAAAAAGGAGACAUCAUAACUGACAUAUCCAUUAAACCUGGAGGAUGGUGGGAAGGAACAUUAAAUGGAGGAAAAAGAGGAAUGUUUCCUGAUAACUUUGUUAAGUUAAUUAAAAAUGAAGAUGGAGAACCCUUACCAUCAUUUUCUGGUAGAAAAUGCCGGGUCAACUUUCCCUACGAGCCCCUUAACCCUGACGAAUUAAGACUGCAUGUUGGAGAUGUGAUUGAUAUAAUAUCAGAAGUUGAAGAAGGUUGGUGGAAGGGAUGUCUCAAACAUAAGAUUGGUGUGUUUCCUUCAAAUUUUGUUGCGGAAAUUACUGAUCCUAAACCCGAUGUUCGAGAAGCCUCACAACGAAAACAGAAAGUUAGUCGUGAUGAAUCAGUCUCUCAUACAAUAGGUGUCAACAUGAAUGCUUCCGAAGUUCAAACAACUAAAUCAGAAAGUUCAUUCGAUCUUCCAGUUUUGCCACCAAAACCAACGAAAGAAUAUUACAAGGCAUUAUAUAAGUAUGAAGCUGAAAAUGUCGAUGAGUUAUCUAUUCAACCGGGUGAUGUGAUAACGCUCUUAACUAAAGACGGCCAAGAUCCUGGCUGGUGGAAGGGCGAGCUAAAAGGAAAAGUUGGAUUUUUCCCAGAUAAUUUUGUCGAGCUAAUCACCUACGAAGAGGCGAAUAAGAGUGAACUGAAAUCAAGAUUAUCAAAUAGAUCAGCAUCAACUAUAAGUAAGUCUGCAACAACAUCGUCUAUUUGUGAAAGCGGCAAUUCUUCCAUUACACGCAAGUUCAGUGAUACAUCAAAAAUAUCUGAAGAGAAGCUACCCCCUUCUGUUGGGAAAAAGCCUGUUCUUCCUCCUCCUCCUUCAAAGAAACCACCAAGUUCCGUUCCGGCUAACAAGCACGCAGAGAGCCCUCCUGCGAGCCAGAGCUCGAAAGUCAUCUCCAGCUCAAGUACCACUAUAAAGCAUAGCAGCUCUAUGUCAGAAACUAAUGCUAGUUCUACGAGUGCCAGUAGCAAUAAGUGGACUGUAGUCGAGGGGUCGGACAACAUCGAUGGUCUUAGCUGGAGCAAACAGCAGUCUUAUACUGUCAAAAGUGAAAGUUCUAAAAUGAGCAGCUCAACGGUCAGUGCCAUCAGCUUCAGCAGUACCAAUAACUCUACCGGUUCGAACGACCUCGACUUGGACGUGGUCAGCAGAGAUCCCAUGCUGACUCACCCGACCGCUAGUCGAGCCAAAGCUCCCAAAAGGAGGCCCCCAUCUGCCAUUAUAAAUCUUCCGACAACAUUCAGCUUGCACAAUGAAAUGAAUAACGGAGAAGAGUCUCCCCCUCCAGCUGCUAUGGUGAACGGCGACGCGGAAACGCACGUCGAAAAGCCACACACCAAUCAGCAGCAGCAACCUCCUUGGGUAGGGGAACUCAAACUAAGUCAAGCCAAAAAGUCAAUGCAAGGAAAGACAAGGGUUAUGAUCGGAAUGUCAGGUAGUACUGAAAACAUUGUAACCCAAGAGAAUAAGGUCUCCACGUCUACAGCUUCGGUAACUAGCACGUCCUCCAAUUCUACUUCUUCCUCGUCGCUCGUGACGCUGAGGCAGCAGCCUGUCAUCGGUCCAAGACCACAGUCGCUGCUGUCCUCCCUCAAGUCAAUCACUGCGAGCCAGUCGGCCGAAUCUGUUACGAUAUCUCUCAAACAGUGGAAUGAACUACUGGAAAGAGUGUCAUCUUUAGAAUCCAAUUUUGAGUCACAAAUUAUUGCCCUCACGAAGGCUGUGAAAGAUUUGACCGGGAUGUUGGAAGACGAGACCCAGAGGAGGGUCACAAUGCAACAAGAACUCGAUAAAUUAACGGACCUUGUAACUCAAGUUUGAAUGCAGCCUUCUUUUUUUUUUUUUUUUAAUUAUUAUUAAUUUUGUAUAUAUUUUUUAUUUUUAGCUUCAGGGUAAAUAUUUUCUUAUUUUAUCGGUGUAUGUAAUACAUCCAAGGCAGGUAUUAACUUUUUAAUAUUUUAUUUGUAUAUAUAUAUAUGAUAAUGUAUUCCAAUGAACUGCGUACUUAUUCUCCCAUACUUUUUUGCUAAUUUAAUUGUAUAUUUUGAUUAUAGUUUCUGUUAGAUUGGGAAAACAUGUUUCCCACAUUGGCCAUAUCGCAUUGUAUGCAAGUCUCUCAAUUUUAUAUGACAUAUAAAAAUAAAAUUUUAUUACGAAGAUAACUUUUUGUUAUUUUUAACUAAUAAGUUAAAAAAGUAAGACUUAAAUAAUAUAUUGAGUAAAGUGUUGGUAUAUUGAUCAAUACCUUAGCCUGGAUUUAAGUUUAUAAAACAAAAAAAAAAAAAAACCAAUGCAGUUUAAGGGACUGAUUUUUGAAAAUAUAUUUUUUCAACUACAGAUAUUUUCUCUGGAAGAUAAAACAUUUAUAGAAAUUUUGCAUGUUUGAUACUUUUUUGGGGUUAAAUUUAUAUGCAUUGUAGUAUAGUACUGCCUCCUUGAUCUAGCAGCUAUCAGAUUAGGAUUAAUUAUAAACACUCGAGUUU